AACGGGACAGCACAGGGCAGCGUCCGGCCAUGGCCGGGGCCCGCAAGCUGGAGCUGGCCGAGGCCCUGGCGCUGGGGCCUGGCUGGCGGCAUGCGUGUCACGCUCUUCUCUACGCUCCAGACCCUGGGAUGCUCUUCGGCCGCAUCCCACUGCGCUACGCCGUACUGAUGCAGAUGCGCUUCGAUGGGCGCCUGGGUUUCCCCGGUGGCUUCGUGGACACGCAGGACAGCAGCCUGGAGGACGGGCUGAACCGCGAGUUGCGCGAGGAGCUGGGUGAGGCGGUGGCCGCCUUCCGCGUGGAACGCGCUGACUACCGCAGCUCGCACGCAGGGUCUGGGCCGCGCGUGGUGGCCCACUUCUAUGCUAAGCGUCUGACGCUCGAGCAGCUGUUGGCAGUGGAGACUGGCGCUACAAGAGCCAAGGACCAUGGGCUGGAGGUGCUGGGCCUGGUUCGGGUACCACUGUAUACUCUUCGGGAUGGUGUGGGAGGCCUGCCCACCUUUCUGGAGAAUUCCUUUAUUGGUGCUGCCCGGGAGCAGCUACUGGAAGCCCUCCAGGAUUUGGGACUGUUGGAAUCUGGCUCAGUCUCAGGCCUUAAGAUUCCAGCUCGUCACUAGAGGCAACCCUCCGUGGACCCAUGGAACCUGAGAUAAGGACCUUGGUACUAAAGAGGGAGGGAGGGUAAGGAGAAUGUUUUCUCUUCUGGCCUAAGAAAUGAUAGAUGAUAUUAGAUUAAAAUAAGGAUCAGUGUGUAUGGUAUGUUUUGAGCAGCGGACCCUCUAACUCAGGGCGUCAGGGGCAAAAAUCCACAGCUUCUCCCAGGGGCUCUUGCAGAUUUUCAUAGCCUGCCUCCUCUUUGUAUGUUUGCACACACAGCCUGUCAUCUUCCCCCCAUCAAGUCUUGUUUGUCCAGGAAGUAGCAUUUGUCACAAUACCCUGCUCCUUGGUGGCAAGGAGCUUCCAAAGCAAUAGCAGGUCUCUUCCCACAUUCUUCUAUGGCUGCUCUCUAAGGUCUAGCCCAGUCUAUGUUUGGUGGGGAGGAUAGAGAAGCAGAGGACCCUCUUUGCUUUCUGAAACUAGUCAUACCCUUGCCUGAGGGUUGACCAAAGCAAUUGGCUUCUAAAAGGUGGGAGAGGGUCUCAGCCAAUCCCCAAUCCUUUUCUUCCCCUGAAACUGGGGAGGAGUGAUGAAGUGGCUAGGUCUCCUUAGACUUAGCAUGGACCCAAGACCUAUGAGUCCUGGUGCCUCUCCUCCAAAACUUUCAUCCUGGGACCCCUUAGACUCUGGGGACAUCAGAAGAGAACUGACCCAGCCCUGCUGUGCCAGAAAGAGCCUUCCAUUAUAGAAAGAGACUUAUAGCUGGGCCUUGAGGCUCUUCACUUCUUUCAGCAGAUAUUUAUUUUGUACCUAUUAAAUGCCAGGUACUAUUAAAGAUACAGAGAGUCUCAUAGGCCUUGCUUUCCAAGACUCCAGAGCAGGGGUGAGCAGACAUUUUUUAAAAGGGCCAGGGUGUAAACAUUUUAGGCUUUGUGGACCACAUGAGUUUUUUUUGGCAACUAAUAACUGUGGUAUCAAGAGCACACAGACAAUUCAUAAACAAAUGAGCGUGGCUGUGUUCCAGUAAAACAUCAUUUAAAAAAGCAGUUGGCCACCCUCUGGGCCAUAGUUUGCCAGUGCCUGUUCUGGAAGGGAAGAUAAGAUUAAUCAUUUUAAUUGUGAUGCCUACUUGUUAUUUAAGUGUUAAGAAGGAAAUAAACAAGGAACUGAUACAGUCUCACGUUGAUACUUUUAACUUUUAGAUGAGUGGACUAAAGGGCCCUCCAUGGGGAAUAGUUAAGCUGAAGGAUGAAAAGGAACUAGCCUGGUAGGAGUGUGGGAAGAACAUCCCAGAAAGAAGCAUGUGUCAAGGCCCUGAGGUGGGCAGAAUCUUAGCAAAACAUCCCAAAUCUUAGUGCUUCCAACAAGAAAAAUUUCAUUGUAUUUCAAGGUUUUAUGGAUGAGAAAUUUGCAUGGGGCACAGCUGGGUAAUUCUAUUCUAUAUGACUCUGAUACAGAUUGCUAGAAGAGGCCAGAUGGUAUUGAACUUGUGUACAGGGGCUAUCUGGAGUAUCCAUGAAAGCUCCAGUGACAGGAUUGGCCCCUUGGUAGGGAUGGAUGGAAAGCUGAACUCAAAUGGGACCAGAGUUCCCAUAUUUGGCCUUCCCAACAUGGUCAUCUUGGUAGAUGAUUCCAGGUGACUCAAGGCUCCCAGAGAACUCCAGAAGACCAAGUGGAAAGUACAAGGUUUUUGAUUUGGCCUUAGAAAUUGUGCUUUUGCCACACUCUCGUGGUCAAGGAAGCCAUUUAAGGACACCCAAGAUUGAAGGGUAAGGAACUAGACUCCAUUUCUUGAGGAGGCAUGAGGAGUGGUGAAGAAGACUAGCAAAGAAUUGAUAGCCAACUUCAACCUAGUGGGGCAUGUUCUAGAAAUGGGAAGAAGCCAGUGUGAUUAGACUACGGCAGGCCAGGGGAGAUACAGCUGGAGAGCCAGGUGCGAGCCCAGUGUGACAGGGCCCUACAGGCCAUGUGAGGGGCCUGGUCUAUGUUUCAAGGAAAUCAAUUCCAGUGUUGUGUGGAACAUGGACUGGAGGGGCUAGGAGAGUGAGGAGGAGAUAUAGGCAGCUGCUACGGUAGCUCACAUGGGCGAUGGUGAUGAUCUGGGCUGGGGUGGGGGAGGAGGCAGUGGAGAUGGGCAGAGAGGAUGUGUUUGAGAGACACUGUGCUGGUGACAGUGACAGGAGCUGCUGAUGGACUUGUUGUGGGAGGAGGGAGGUGAGGAAAAAAGAGGAUUAAAAGAUGACUUGUAGGUUUUGUGUGAAGGUAUAAGUUGUAGAUGAAGGGAUAGGCUGAGGGGUGGGCGAAAAAGCUUUAGAAGAAAACGGAAUCAAGGUAACCAUUGGAGCAUGUUGAGACAUAAAUUUGUGAGUCAUCUGCACAGAGACAGUCUGAAAACUUUGUUGCACUGGAUGAGGUGGUCCAUGGAGAGGAAAAAGGAAGAGGGCUGAGGACAAUCCCCUUUGAAGUCUACCCUUAAGCUUUGGGUGGAGAAGGAGGGCAUGUAGAAGGAGACCAACAGGAGAGAGGAUGCUGUUUAAGAAGGUAGACUAUGCAGUGUGCUGCUGAGAGUUUCAGUGAAAUAAGACCAGAACUAUCCACUUGAUUUAGAAGCAUGAGGGGUUUGAUGAACUUGAUGGGAGCAAUUUGAGGAAGGGGUGGGUACCAAGGCAGACUGGAGUGGGUUGAGCAAAUGGAAAGUGUGGCAGUGGGCAUCGUGAGAAGUUGGCUGUAAAGUGGUGUAGAGUGACAACUAGAGAGGGCUGUGGGGUCAAGGGUGUGUUUGAGGUGGGAGGGUAGAGCACGUGGAUGUUGAUGGUAACAGUCCAGAUGGCGAGUGGAAAGAGCUGGGAGGAGGUGGGGAAAGGAAUUCUUGAUGGCACAGUUUAUGAGAAAGGAGUGAUGGGACAUCUAUGAGGAAGAGAGAUAGUCCUGCAGCAUAAUGGGCUCCAGAAAAGAAAGGAUGGGACAAGUAUAGAGCAUUAGGAUGGUUUAAAUGAAUGGUGGGAUGGUAAUGAAGUUUGAAUGUCUUCUUGGUGAAAUGAAGUGAGCACAUCAGCUGUAUAUGAAGUAAACAUUCACAUUGGUAUGGAAAAGCAAGUUGAUUAAGGGAAACAGCAGAAUGGCAGGGCAAAGCUGAGCUAUGACAUGGUCAGUUUAGGGUAGUGGAUACUCAGUGGUGUGUGUGCAUUUGAGGGGGUUGUAUACUCACCUGCCUUCCCCUCAUCAGGGUUUAGCAGUUGGGUGGAGAGACUCAUUGCAUAUCUGGGUUUUGUCUGAGCAGUAUAGAAAAGGGAGACAGUUGCCAGGGAGUUAAGAUGACAUGCACAGGAGAAAUUGUAGUGACACGAUGUAUACUCUAAGGUUUAAUGAGGCUCAGAUAGGAAAAGAAGACAGGAGGUGACACUGGAAAGAUCUUGAUGGGGUAGAAACUCCAACAUGGUGAAGAGUUGGGUGGGAAGGUGUAUUUUAGCCAGAGAGGAGUGGCUUGCAAAUUAAGAGGUGGAGCAAUCUCAGGUAGAGGCAGAGGCUGGGCAUGAGCUCGGCGGUUAGACAUAAAAUGAUGGAAUCUAGGCAUAGUGAGGCCAGAGGUCAGGAAGACCAUCCAGGUGGGUGAUGAAAGAAGAAACCCAGAGAUGUUGGGAAGUAGUGGGACCGAGGAGCCAGCAUCCUUGGUGAUCAAGAGGAGUGACUAAUGGUGACCAGUGGCAGCUGCCAAGAGGAGAAAAUGCCCAUGACAGGACAGCACCUCCCAGGAGAGGGGAUUUUGAAGAAGGGAGGGUGUGUGGUGGUCUAGAAGGUCAACGCAGAGCUAUGUGCACCCACUGGCCGUUCUUGGCCUUUGAAGAAUGAGAUUGGAUGGUGGAAGAGUAGCUGUGGAGAUUGCAUAGAUCCUAGAGGGGCUGAUUACUCUGCCCUUUUCUCCUAACCUAACCCUGGCCCCUUUGUCAAACAUUAUCUAGAAUAAACUCUCAGGGUAGGCAGGUGGGUGAUAGUGGACAUUGGAGUGGCUCCAGGGGCCCAGCCUGUGCCAGCUUCAUCCAGGUCCUCUGCCAUUGCUGAAGGGAGGCAGGACCCUGAGGCUGAGAGAUCAGGGCAGCUCACCCCUGACUGCACCACUGACAUACCCUUACCUCAGGGUCCGGUACUAGGCAAAUCAGGACCCAGAACUCAUCCUGGGAUGUCAUCUGGGCCAGCCGUGCUUACCAUAUUAAAUUCCUUUUUUUUUUUUUUUUUUUUUUUAAUAUUCUGAAAAUGGAUGUUGCGAAGGAGCCCAUGUCUUUCCUGUGUCAUCCCACAAAUAUACCCUCCAGGUCUUCAGAUUACUUCUCAGUGAGGCAGCUUCCAAGUUUUCAUUGUUGCAGGGUUCGGGUUUGAGUUAAUUUCUCCUACCUAGUACUUACAGUGCCCAGGCAGGCAGGUGGGAGGUGAUAGAAGCUCAGACUCUGCAUUUUUCCUCCUCUGACCUUAUGGAGUUUGAGUAAAACCAGGGAGGAUGGCCACUUAAACUUUCCUUGGCCUUGUUAAGUCCAAUCAUCUGGGAUGGAAAGAAGUUGGAAACUCCUUUAAGUCUUUGUCCCCCAAUGAAGUGGUGUGAUGAAUUUCAGCCAAGCCAAGUACUUGACCUCCUUUUCCUUAUCUGGUUGAUGAACUGUGAUUCCUGUGGUGAGGGUCAAGUGAGGCAGCACUUGGGGUAGGCUUGGAGAGAUGCACCCAGCACUAUUUAAGUAUAGGAUGCCAUGUUUGCUUCCUGUUUCUUAGCACAUUUGUUGAAUGGAAUGUGAGUGGCCCUGACUACCUCUCCCCAUACACAUAUUUCUCUCUUUUGGCAUAAUCGAGAGAAUGUUCCCAAUUUUCAAUGUUGCGCUUUUCCCUAAAGUGUGCCACUGCUGGUUCAGAGUAAACACUUUCAGACUUCACACUGUCCUGAGCCAAGUACUCCUCAGUCCCCCAGUUUCUGCCAAAGCUGCAGCUUUUCGUCUGGAACAUUUGAGGACGGAGUGCCUCCUUCCCCACUUACUUGGGCCCAGUGAAACCAACAGGGGGCAAGGAAGAGAGGGGGGAAGGGAGGUUUUCUGUGAUAUUCAGUAUAUUACACAGAAACAUUUUUGAAACCCUCUACCUCAAACAGAAAAAUGAACAGGAGACAAAGGGCAAAAUAGAGGGAAAAACUUUUAGACUGUAUGCAAAUGUUGGAUUGUGUCAGAAUUUGAGGCAAAGAAAAGACGCUGGACCUUCCACCCUUCUGAAAAGUGCAAAAGUGCUGGAGCUGGGUGGUGUAUACUGAACACUCUGAAUUCUGAGGUAGAGGAGUAUAGGUAGGUCAGAGGAAAAGGGAAACUCCCCCAUGGACUUAAGGUCCCAGACCCUACAAAGAUAAACCACGUGGCCUUUUCCCUGGUCCCCCACUUCCUUUCUAACUUGGCCAAACAUGGCAGUUUGGGCUCCCUCCAAGGGUGGAGGCAGUACCACAAAGGCCAGAUGGGCAGAGAGGAAAACUCAAGGUACCUUGUACACUCACAGAGCAACAGCAAAGGGACGUACUGAAGGACACGCAACACCUAAAGGAAGUUCCUCACCCAGCGGCUCCCAGAGAGAGGGAAUGUGUCUGAGCCAACUUGGCUUUGUUUGCACAUGCCCAAUGGACAGGCAAACACUAAAGCGCCAGGUGUUUGUGGGGAGAAAGGUUUAUUGUCAGGUGGUCUAAACAAGAAGAUAGGAGUAGGACUCAAAUCUGUCUUCCCCCUAAGCUGGGGGUUGGGGCAAGUGUUAUAGUGAGAGAAUAAUAAUGUGUGAUCUGACUGGAUCCUGCCAUGGGUUGAUGCCAAGGCUUGAUGUGGAUCGUGGAUCAUGGAUCAUGUGGAGCCUGGAUCAUGCUAUGCAGUGUCCACUUCUUAAUUCACUCCUGGCUCUUAGAUCCAAGCACUUAGGUUCCACCUGUGAUUGCACUCUGGGUUCAUCUGGGCAUGCUCAAGGUACAUGACCCUCAACCUGGGGGUCCAUGGCAACUGAAAAACAACUCCCAACUUUGUUCCAUAAAAGUUGAAGCCGAGUGAUCUGAGGUUGUUACUUGAGUCUGUGUGUCUAGGCUUUUCCCCACAGUGCCCUGCCCACCCUGAUGCACAGACGCAAACCUGAGCUGCCCCAUCCCUUCACUGUGGGCAUGUUACCCUCCACGAGCAUUCUCAGCUGAUGCAGUGGCAAAGGAUGCCCUCCUUCCAUGCAGGAUGACAACCCCUGGCCAGAGUUUUCAGCAGUUAUAAAAGCUCCUGGAGAAACAAGUCCCAGGCAGACUGUUCUCACCCACAGUCCCAGACCUCCCACCGUCUUCAGGUGUCUCAAACACAGAGCUAGAACAUUCACACCAUCCUGUUAUCCAGCACUAAUUUCAGGCUGUGGAUGUAGGCAAGAGCAACAGGUGAAGGAUCCCCUGCUUGUUUGUGAGCAAAAGAGCAGAAUUGCCUCCAAUCAACUUGAGUAAACAGGAAAUACCCACAUUUGCUCUGUUCCAAAAUUACUACCAAAUAGAAGAGGAUGUGAACACCAGAUGUAAAUGAUAAAGAGCAUUCUCUGGAAGGUGUGUUCUGAGGAGCAGAAGCAAUAUGUGCUCAUGGAGUUGAAGCAGAGCAUGGACUCUGGAAUGAGAAGAAAGAAAAGACAGACAUGCAGCAACAGCUGGCAGCACCAAGGAGAGGAUGUGGGGAGAUGGAUCUCUCUGUCAGAGGACUUAACAUUGCACUAGAAACAGCAAAGAGCAUCAUCGACUCUGGGAAAAGCUACCUCUGAUGUGGAGAGCAGGCUUAAGAAAAUCCCCUAGAACCUUAAGAAAAGGACAAACCUAAGCCACCAGAGAAAACAUGGUAGAUACAAAGAUCAGACGACAGAAAUCCAGAGUGUGUUUGAUUGAUAGAAGGGAAAUAUUAGCAGGCAGAACACAUGUCGUAGGAACAACAUUUUAGAGAGAACCAAAAGAAAAUUUUCUUAAACUGAAAGAUACCACACCACAGGCUGGCAGUGCUCACUGUGUUGGGGGUGUGAUGGAGGAGGUAAAAACUGAAAAAAAAAAAAAAAAAAAUCAGUAUUUUUCAUGUCAAGGACAUUU